AUGCCACUAGAGCGCUUCUUGGUCUACAGAGAGGAGAAAAAGAGCAGCACGUGGCAGCACCCAAAAUGUUGUUGGUUUACCCGCAAAGUUUACAGCAUAGCUGUUAUGUUUACUGAUUAUACUCAAAAAUGCUCUCGUCUUGUGUUUUUGUUUUGUAGAAAAAGGGCAAAGCCAGCUAUUACGUUGCGGCCCCCCGCCAGCUUCGGUGCCUAUCACGACUUCAUGCAGAAUUUGGUGACGCGUAUGGGGCCAAGGCAUUUUGCGGCCUACGAAGAUAGUGUAUUCAGACACUACGUCCAAUUUGGCCCACCUGGCGUCGAUCUUCCCACCUUUGAGCACAUUUUGAGUCAGUGGGACAAGAAGAGCAAAAAAUUCGUCUUCACCGAUAGGAAUGAUGGAGAAGAGAUCCCAUGCUCAUUCAACCUUGAGUGGGUAAUGGAGCAUACAUGGUUCUCCAAUGAGGGGCUUCAUGUUGACCACAAUCGGGACAGGAAAAAUAGGAUUUGGUCCAGGUUCUUUGACAAACCCGAGACGGGGGGUUCCAGCAGUAUAGCUCCCCCCAAAGGAGGCCCCACCAGACGCAAUGUGGAGGACCUGCUCUUGAAGCUGGUACUAUCUUCUGAUCGCCGAGAUGUGAAGGACUUUGUCCUGCUACAGAUCCUCUAUCAGCUGAGCAUGAUUUGGUGUCCAAGCAGUGUUUCCGGCGUUCCUAGGCAUUUAUUCAAGUACGUCGACAGCAUCGAACAGGUCAACAACACUGCUUGGGGGACCUAUAUAUUCAGUGAGACAUCUGACGCGAUAGAGAGGGCACUGAAGGGUCCUGAGCCAGGGAAGACGACAUUAUAUCUGCAAGGGUGUACCCCUCUAGUUUGUUUGUGGUAUUAUGAACUCACCGGCAUCAAGAAGCCAGCACUUGGUUGUACGGUGAGGCCUCCCCUGACAAAUUGGGUGAGACUUGGGCACGUUGCUGGUUCUUUGAGAUUGGCCACUGUUGUUGCGAAAGCAAGCAAAGCUACGAUAAAGCUUCCACAGCAACAUGGACAACUUCAAAGAAUCGAGGGAGGUUUUUGGGGGAAGGAGCAGGGGAUAGAGAAAGAGAAGAGGAGAGAGAGAGAGAAGAGGAGGAUUAAGGGUCCGGCUGCAGUAGACGCCGGCAGGGCUCGUGGCCCAAUAGCCUCAGCCGCGGCACCAUGUCCUGCCGCGCUGCCAUGUAGUUGCUUGAUGAUGUGUAUAAUGUUCUUCUAUGUUAUCUUGAGUGGUGUUUGA